GAGUAAACUAAUAAUUUAAUUAGAAACUAUUACUGCAUUUCCGCACUUAGUGCUUGACUGCUUGUGAAAAAAUCAUAAAAUUCAAAAUGGAAAUUUUAAAAUGCAUUCUUUUGAGUAUAUGGAUAUGCACUGUGCUUAUAUCCAACAUAAUGAUGGAGUCGUGUUCAAAGAGGGGACCGCAAAAUAGAACGCCAACAAAUUUUACUGUGUACAAAAGAACUCUAACUAUAAUCGCCGAUGGCGUACGAGUUUCACUCAAGAAAGCUCCAUGGCCAGACACGUGGGAGAACUUCUGGAAUGACGCUGGAUCGUCAACAGUAAAAUUUGGAAGAAAAUUCAUCAAGUGGGCUGAUGAAGAGUAUGGUUUCAAUGCUACUGCUCUCACAGAUGAACAGCUAACAAAUGGAGACGAAGUGGAUUUGGGGGAAUUUAUCUAUACUCCUUAUAUGCCUGAUAUAACGUAUAGAGUUAUUUCGGAAACAACUAAGACGAAAAUGACGUAUUAUAGGAAUACACAAGUUAGAGAUGCAGCGUUCGUCUUAAUCGCCAAAAAGUCAUUUAACAGCUCGGGCAAUCUUAGAGAGACCAUUCAAGAAGGCGCUAUCCUGUUCAUGGGAGUGUACAUAAUUGACACCAGUAAAGAAUGUGGGUUAAGCAAGAAGCCAGAGGUGAUCAGCUUCACGUGCAAUAUGGACCCAAGAACUGAUAAUGGAUUUGGACCUUUUGUCUGCGAUAUGUUUUCACGCAAAUACGGAGUGGGCGAACAAAUUGGUUUAAGUGUAGUAACAUCUCCAAACUACUUCAAAGUAGCCUCAGUUAUGUUCUUUCCACCGGCGGCCUCGAUAACUGGACUUGAUAAACCUUAAACUUUUGUAAGGGAGAUUUCACAACUUGCUGGUAGGAUGUUCAUAAUUCCCGCAUAACAUAUAACUUAUGAAGCGUCUGAUUACGUCAUCAUUUAUCGUGCAGUUCUAUACCCCUGGUCCUAUACGUCCAUUAACUUGUGAUAUUCUUACGUAUAAGACGACGAUUUAUAAGAUUAUCACACUUAUGGACGUUUAGAGCAGCGCAAUAAAUGAUGACGUAAUCAAACUCGUUAUCUAAGGUAUACGUUAUACGGGAAUAAGAAACAUGAUAUAAGUGAGUGGUGGAAUCUCUCUAUUGGCUGAUUAUUAAAACGUUAGAGUGAAUUAUUCAAAUAAGAACCUGGUACAAUAAAAAUUACUGUUGACUUGUGUUGUCGGUUACAAUUGACCUUUGCAAGCGGCAAUUACAAUCGAUGCGACCGUAGGAUUCCCCUGUGACCGCCUUGCAUCUGCCUUGGUAUUUGUCAAAAACUGCUCGCCAUAGGGAAGCCCUGCGUUGACCUUGCGCUAGCCGUAGUUUUUCUGUCGCCACAAAACCAAACUACGCCGUACGGCUACAGUAGCAAAUGUAACUUCUUAAGUCCGAAUUAUAAUUUUGGCGAAUCUGCCUGUAAAAAACUGGAUGCGCCAUACGAAGACCGUGAGGCAACCGUAGUUUGUGUACGGUUCUCCUAGGAAUUUGACAAUAAUUAGGGUGGUUUUGUAUUUGGGCCACCCUGUAUAUACUCAAAACCCAUAAACUGUUUUUAGUUUAUGAAGUUUGAUUUAUAUCGUGGAUAACAUUGCAUAUUGGACCAAGCGAGCAUUUUCUUGAAUGAUGUAAGAUUUACAGUAAGUAGAGCUGCCCUCUUUAUCCAAAUCAGCUCGCAUAGAUUUUCUAAACCUGCAGCUAUAAAAUGCAGUUGUUGAAUUGUAAGCCCAACGUAG